AUGGCUAAUGUUCGAAAAUCAGUUGAUGGAAGAAAGAGAGCUCGAACGAUGGAAUAUAUUGAUAAUGAUGUAGAUAUCAAUGAAGAAGUACCUAGUCAAUCAAAUAAUCAUAUUGGUCAACAUAUUCAUGCACAAUUUGAUGUUAGUAUGUCAAUUAUCGAUGAAACAAAUUUGAAUGAAUCUAUAUUUGAACGACGUACUACUUCAGUGAUACCGAAACCUGUAAAAAAGAAAAAUAAUGAACGUUUAUCUCUUCCACGACAAAUGAGUGAUAUUUCUUUAAAUCAAUUUAUUAGUACUACAGCUAAAACGACAACUGAAUUAAGAGGACGUGAUCAUGUACUUCGUGCUAUGAAACCAAUAAAUCCUAAACCAAUUAUGGAAUUUAAAAAUCAUAAAUUAAUUCAAGAUAUGAUUGCUAAACGACAAGAAAAACAAGAAACGAAUAAACCAAUAUCUGAUUUUGCAUUAAAUUAUGGUUUAAUAGAUAAUAAUGGAAAAAUAUCGAAAAGUCGAAAAACAUCGGAUUUUAUUAUUGAUAUGGCUCAACAAUUAGAAAAUUUAAAACCAACAUUAACAAAACGACAAACAGUUGAUACAACAAGUCCAUUAUUAAGAGUAGUUAAAUUAAAAUCUGUAUGUAAUCAACUUCUUUGUUAUUGUCAAUAUAUAAAUGAUCGAGAAGAUAUUAUACUUUUUCUUGAUCCAAAUAAUGAACAAUCAAAAAAUUUAGCAGUUAAUGAUGAAAUUCGUAUUGCAGGACAAUCACGAUUUAAUAUGAAUUUAUCAGAAUUAGGAUCAGUUGCAUUGGGUAUAACUGAUGUAAGAAAAGAAUCAUCAACAGAUCAUAACGAUGAAGAUAUUCCUAUGGAAAUAACUCAUACAUAUGAUUUUAAUUGUUCAUGUGAUAAAUGUACUUCAAAUCCAGAUUUAACACCAUCAUUUGAUCUUCGCAAAACAUUUCCUGAUAAUAAUAAUGAACAUCAACAAACGAUGUCUUCCGUAGAAAAUGUUUAUGAAUCAUUUACAUUAGCUUUAAUGACUAAAAAAAUAUUUGAUCUCUAUGCUACAAUCAUUAUAUUUGAAUCUGAUAAUAUUAAUAACAAAUAUAUAUUUAUUGUACGUGAUGGGAUUGGUAAUUGCCUUCAAAUUAUAUUAAAUGAUAUCGAUGGUCUUCAUAUUGAAAUUCAAACACAAAAAUAUAUAUUUCAUAAAAUUGAAUAUCUUGAACGAAUUCCAUCACCAAAAGAAUCGAAUCGAUGGCCAUAUGAAGACUAUACACCACCGAAAAAACUUUUUUGUUUCAGAUCGAUUGAUAAUCAAGUAUCUAUACUGUGA